AUGGAGCAGCGGCUGGCGGAGUUCCGGGAGUCCCGGAGACGAGCCGGGCUGGCGGCCGAGCCCAGCACCCCGAGCCGGAGCGCGGGGACCUCGGAGGCAGCUGAGACUCCCCAGGCAGCCCCGGGCUGGCUGACGCGGCUCCUGGGGUGGAAGCCGCGGGCUGCGCGCGCCCCAGGGCAGCCCGGCCUGGCUCAGGUUGCCGCUGCCACUGCUGCUGUGGCUGAGCCCCAGAGGGACACGGCCAGCCCCACACCUCUGCCUCAACCCUGGGACCACUCUCUGCUGACCAACAUCACCUUCUUGAAGGUUCUCCUCUGGCUAGUCUUGCUGGGACUGUUCGUGGAACUGGAGUUCGGCCUGGUGUACUUUGUCCUGUCCCUGUUCUACUGGAUGUACGUGGGGACCCGAGGCCCGGAAGAGAGGCGAGAGGGGGAGAAGAGUGCCUACUCGGUGUUUAACCCAGGCUGUGAGGCCAUCCAGGGCACGCUGACCGCGGAGCAGCUGGAGCGCGAUUUGCAGCUGAGACCCUCCGUGGGCAGUUAGCACGCGGCUCCACGUGGUCUUCGGAGGCCGCAGCAUGGACGGCCCAGAGCGAGGACAGUGUGCAGUCAAUGUGAGAUGACUCAGGUGUGCACGCUGUCCCCACCUGCCACUGCUUACCUUCAACUUCUCUUGACCUUCGAUGAAACUCUGAAAAGACAUUCAGUGGGUCCAACACAGUUUAUAAAAAUUACGUCCUUGAGGAGAGGGCCCCUGGUUGUGUCGUCAUUGAACACAGGACUUUUUAAGCACCACAGAGACGUUAGCAGGGAUGGUGGGCUAGGUUCUUGGCACAAGGGAGAGUUCAGAUGUGAGACCGAGAGAGCAGCGGUCAUCGAGAGAGCAAGGCUGAAUAAGGCCAGGCAUCCAUCGAGACAGAUGGGUGCAUCUUAGGGCAAACCGUGAGAGCCCAGUCCCUCAGCAAAGUGACAUGAUGGGAUGGUCGGAAGGUCCCUGGCAGGCUGGGCGCACGGCUCAGAAAGGAGCUGAGCCAGUGGGCUAGACUCGGAUGGCGCUUAUAAGGGGAUGGGGCUCUGCUCCAUGACAAGGGGUUCACUGAGUGUGAGCUGGGAUAACGUCCCCUCCUCCUGCAAGGGACUGCUGAGGCCAUCAGCCUAGGUAGCCCGGUCAGCCACAUAGGGCCUUCCAUGGGGAAGGCUGUGAGCGUGUGACUUCCCGAUGUCAGGCUGGGUAGAGGAUUCUCCUGGGGAGUCUCUGAGGGGGCAGAAGGGGUGCUAUGCCAUUGUCUGGGCAGCACAUUGCGGUGUGAAGUACCAGGCUGCUUCCAAGUCAAGCCUCUGAGCUGCUGGUACUUGGCUUUCCUUAGGCCACUCUGUCACACAGAAGAAUCACUAGCUUCCUGCCUAGCAGAGAUAUUAAAGUGAUAUUAAGGGAUUGUCUGUUUAAAA